CUGAUAAAACUAUGAAUAUCAUUUCAGUGCAUGUUAUUGGCAGUGAAAUGACUCCAUUAGGACUCAUCUUGGUCUCAUCAGCACUGCUGGCUGGGGUCUAUGCUGCAGGGCCACAAUUAUUAAGCGUUACAACCAUCAAGGAAGAACCAUAUGCAAUGUCCAAAGGCUCUGAACUGGAGGGCUUCUGCAUUGACCUGCUGUCAGCCGUCUCCAAGAAAUUAGAUUUUAAGUAUGAUAUUAAGCUUGUUAAGGACAGCCGUUAUGGAACAACAGAUGACAGCGGCAACUGGAACAGCAUGAUUGGAGAAGUUGUCAGAGGGGAAGCAGACAUCGCUGUGGCACCUCUAACUCUUAUUGCUAAACGCGAGACAGCUGUGGACAUGACCAAAGCCUUCAUGCAGACGGGUCUUAGUUUCAUCCUGAGGAAGGACAUUGCUUCUGAUGACUUGCAGUUCCUCAGCCUUCUGAACCUGUUCUCCACUGAGGUGUGGAUGGGAGUACUGGUCGCCUACCUGCUGACCUCCGUCUGCAUCUUCUUAGUGUCGCGGUAAUAGUGGGAUCGUAAAACCAAGU